UAAAUGUCAAGUUUUCCAUAAGCAAAUAUUGCUUCUCGAAAUUUUUUUAAAAUUGCUUAUAAGAUCAAAAAUGUCGCAUGAUCCGCAAAAGCCCGCCAAACAGCCAAUAAGGGAGUCUCCAGUUGUGACUGCAGAAACCAUCACCACGGACAAAUGCCUGGCUGACUUUUGCCUGAAGGGUGGAAGUGGCCUGAUUAUUGGCAGCGUUUUUACUUUGUUCUUCACGCGUCCACAAACUUAUCCGAUUUGGCUGGGAUUGGGCUUUGGAAUGGGCAUGGCCUACGACUGUUGCCAGGCCCGAUGGAAUCAACAAUAAUAUUCAAAUGAUCCAAGCUUUAAUAAACGUAGACCUUUAACAUCAGUCGUAAA